AUGACAGGUCCAGGUCAGGACUCUGACUGGGCCACUCCAGAAGGUCAGGACUCUGACUGGGCCACUCCAGAAGGUCAGGACUCUGACUGGGCCACUCCAGAAGGUCAGGACUCUGACUGGGCCACUCCAGAAGGUCAGGACUCUGACUGGGCCACUCCAGAAGGUCAGGACUCUGACUGGGCCACUCCAGAAGGUCAGGACUCUGACUGGGCCACUCCAGAAGGUCAGGACUCUGACUGGGCCACUCCAGAAGGUCAGGACUCUGACUGGGCCACUCCAGAAGGUCAGGACUCUGACUGGGCCACUCCAGAAGGUCAGGACUCUGACUGGGCCACUCCAGAAGGUCAGGACUCUGACUGGGCCACUCCAGUAGGUCAGGACUCUGACUGGGCCACUCCAGAAGGAGUAUUUUCUUCUUCAUCUUUGCAGGAUGGCCACUCAUAG